AUGCCCCUAGACAUCGACCCAGCAAUCCUGAGAGCCCUGCAGACUACCCUCAAGAUCGAUCAGUCCGCUGCGACUCUCUCGAAACAUGGCGGAUCAGGAUUCGCCGAAACGCUCCGGAUAUCCACUCCGACGACCUCCAUCUUCGUGAAGACAGCGACUUCACCAGGCGCGGCGGUGAUGUUCGAAGGGGAGCACGCGUCCUUAAACGCGAUCCACGACGCUGUCCCGUCACUGUGUCCAAAGGCCUAUGCCUGGGGAAAGCUGGAUAAGCGUGAUGGCUAUUUCCUCGCGACGGAGUUUCUCGAUCUCGGCGGACGUCGGCUGACCACAGCAUCAUCCGGUACUUCUGAUGGGAGUGGAUUGAGCUUAGCUCAGAAGAUGGCGAAGUUGCACUCCACACCAGCGCCUAUUCCUGAAGGCUACGAUAUGCCUAUGUUUGGCUUUCCAGUAACGACGUGCUGUGGUGACACUCCACAGGAUAACUCGUUCCGGGAGUCGUGGGCAAACUUCUUUGCGGAGAACAGAUUGCUGAUGAUUUUGCAGAGGUCGGAGAAGAAUAACGGGAAGGACGCAGAACUGCGGAAGGUUGUGGAACGGACAGCUACGGAGGUGGUGCCGCGACUGCUCGGCGAGGGCCACCUGGGUGGAAAGGAAGGAAUUAAGCCUGUUGUAGUACAUGGUGAUCUGUGGUCCGGCAACAAAGGAAAAGGGUCGUUCGUCGGUCGUGACGGAGCGGGUCCAGACCAGCCCGGGCCUGUUGAGGAGGUCGUAUUCGAUCCUUCUGCGGUCUAUGCCCACAAUGAGUAUGAGAUUGGAAUUCAGAUGAUGUUUGGUGGCUUCGGUAGUGCACACUUCAAGGAGUAUCAUGAGCUCGUGCCGAAGACUGAACCAGCCGAGGAAUACGAGGUGAGCGAGGACGCUGCGGGGGCGGCUUGUGCUGACAAGGAGCAGGACCGAGUCGCGCUGUACGAGAGCUAUCAUCACCUCAACCACCACAGCAUAUUUGGAGGUGGGUAUAAGAGUGGUGCCAUGAACAUUCUCAAGCGCUUGAUCAAGAAGUAUGGGAACACAUGA